AUGGUGUCUGCCGCAGAGCAUGCAGACGCUGUGAUCGUAGGCGGUGGCGUAGUGGGUCUUGCGCUGGCCUGCUCGCUCAUCAGCUCCGAGAAGCUGGCAUCAAGUGCGUCGCUUGCAGGGUCUCCUUUGCGCCUGGUACUCUUGGAAGCCGCGUCCCUAGACCGUUUGAGGACAUGGGCGCAGGAAAAACAGGGCGCAGACGCUCCAGGCCAUGUGGAGCACAGUCAAGAGAUUGCAGAUUGGGAGAAUCGAGUCGUCAGCUUGACAAUGGAGAAUUGGCUGUGGCUCCAGGACAUCGGAGUCACCCAAUACCUGGUCCACCGCCGGAUACAGCCCAUCACAUCGAUGCAUGUGUCCGAUGGCCUCUCCGGAGCCGCACUUGACCUUGGUGAAGGCAACGAAGCCACGGCCCGUUCAAGCUCGCCACUGAGCAGAAUGAUCGAGCUUUCCAAUCUACAACAAGCGAUGCUGCGCUUCAUAAAAGACAAGAGCAGUGUGGUUGAUGUUGAGGUGUGGGACCAAACGAAAGUGGAGAGCAUUGAGCCAUCCACUGUAGGCGCUUCUACUGAUGCUGCAUCUCAACACGUUGACACCUGGCCAAAUGUACGGACAGUUUCGGCGUCGUCCGAGAGGUCGCUACGACCUCGUCUGCUGAUUGGCGCCGAUGGAGACUCCUCCCCGGUGAGGAAGUACGCCGGUAUCGACAAAUUCGGAUGGGGCUACGGAUGCAAUGGUCUGGUCGGAACCCUGUCUUUUGACAAGAGCGAGAGUUUGAGAAGGGGCCAUGAGAUUGCCUACCAGAGGUUCCUGCCGACUGGAACCAUAGCCUGGCUUCCGCUUUCGACUAGCGCAGCCUCGACUGUCUGGACGCUGCCCCCAAACCUCGCUAGCGUAAUCGCGGCACUGCACCGCUCGACGCCUGAAGGCCAAUCUUCAAUCAUGGCAGACUUGGUCUCGGCAGCCUGGAGGUUACCGUGGGCGUCCAUGUCCUACAUCUUCUCCCUGAUCACGUCGCCCACUGCCGAUCCCGCAAACCUCGACAUCUCUCUACUUCGGCAAGAGAUCAAGGCUCGUCUACAAGCCGCUUCGGAAGCUGGUACACUCGUACCGGAAGAGGAAGUGCCGCCUCCUGUGCUGAAUGUUGCCGCUCGCAGCGUAGGGGCCUUUCCUCUGCAGGUAGCCCACGCUGACGCGUACCUAGGCUCCUCACUUCUCUCGACGGCAUCACCCUCCAACUCCCUUUUGCCCGCCAACCUUCUACACUCUGCUCUUUCCCUCACGGGCUUUGCAGGCGAAGCGAAUGUGCACGAAGCCAAAGGCCGGACUGUCCUCAUCGGCGACGCAGCGCACUCCAUCCACCCUCUUGCGGGGCAGGGAUUGAACCUCGGUCUUCGCGACGCCCGCAUACUGACCGAAGUCCUGGGCGAUGCUGCGAGCCUUGGGGGAGACUGGGGAUCACACGACAGCCUCAAGCCCUAUGAGCAGCAGACGUACCUGCAUAAUCAGAUCGUUCUCAGCGCAGUGGAUCACUUGCACUGGCUGUACGCGGGCACACCCAUCCCGAGCAACCUUGACUACAAGGGCGGGAAAGGUCAAGACCAGCCAAUUGUCAGGCAGCUCGCGAAGGACGUGUUCGGCAGGGGCGUAGUCUGGGCCAGGAGUACGGGAGUAGAGGUGCUCAACGAGCUCGACUGGGUCAAGUCGAAGAUGCAGGGAUUCGCGGGGAGCAAAGGCGCAGGCGGGAAGUAG